UUCUCUUGAAGAAGGAGGCGCGUGAAAGAAUUGGACACUUUGGAAUUGGCUGCCAAAGUUUUGCACUAAAGGAGCAGGUUCAUUGCACGUUGUUUCAAUGCAACUUUUCCUAUUUAUGGAGCUGAGCGAUUUCAGGUUGCCUCUUUUUGUGUUCAUUACCGUCAAAUUGUAACUCAAAUUGCAAGUUGAACAUCAGUCCAAGGUUCCGUGAUGACUUGCCCAGUUAUUCUCCUUGCACUGUUUGGCGUUUUUACGCAUUGGGAUACUUUGGCGCACGGCUGUCAGCUGCCGUCCGAGUGGCGGCCACUGAGCGAGGGAUGCCGCGCGGAGCUAGCCGAGAUCAUCGUGUACGCGCGGGUUCUGGCCAUCCACCGGGAGCCCCUUGGCGGCGGGGUGGACAGCCUGUACAACUCGCUGCCCGUCGGAUUCGGUUACGGGUACGAGGGCGCGGAGGAUGGACUGCUGUACUCGGCGGAAGUGGAGCUCUUGUGCGAUCAAGCCUGGGGGAGCAUGCUGGAGGUCCCGGCGGGGUCCCGACUUAAUUUCACCGGCCUGGGCUACCUCUCAUGUCAGUCUCACACGGUGAUGGAGAACUACUCCUAUUUCUUCUUCCUCAGGAUGGACGAGAACUACAACAUCCUGCCGCACGGCGUCAAUUUCCAGGACGCCAUCUUCCCUGACACGGCUGAGAACCGCCGUACCUUCUCCAGCCUCUUCCAGUUCUCCAACUGCACCCAGGGGAGCCAGCCGUUCCACACUUUCAGCCCCGAGUGGGACACUGUGGAAGACAGCAGGGUAGGGUCUUGCAUUCAUCCAACCUCAUUGCCCCUCGCCAACUCCACUACUGCAUUACAAGUUUGCCAUUUGGUGUGGGUUUGUUGCUAUGGCAACCCUUGCUUCUUCCUUGAUCGGUUGAAAAUCAGCGGUACACAACCUGUGGACGCGAACAACAAAAUACAUUCCGUCCGAAACGAAAUCGACUGGAGGAGACAAAUGUGUGUUUACGCAGAUAUGCACACAGAAAUUUAGGAAUGUGUGUGUGUGUGUGUGUGUGUCUAGAGAGAGAGGUGUGUGCGUGUGUGUGUGUGUGUGUGUGUGGUAGCAGUCCGAAUUUAAGUCACCAUGGGGAAACUGGACCCCACCGGGUGAGUCAGAAGUCACUGUUUUGAACCCACUGGGAUCGGGAAACAC